GCCAAGCCGGGAUGAAAAGAAUCUGAAUCUGUGUUUUUGUUAUCAGAGAGAGAGAGAGAGAGAGAGAGAGAGAGAGAGAGAGAGAGAGAGAGAGAGAGAGAGAGACGGUGCUUACGAAUUGAAGAAAUGACACGUGGCGAAGCAUUGACGAUUCGACUACGAUUGGGCGCAUGGUGUUUGAUAGGGCAACGGUUCCUGAGUGGCUCGGUGAGCGGGGGGAAUGUUCUGCGAUGUCGUGCCCCAACGUGGCGCGUGUCUCCCGCCGUGUCCACGUCUGUUGCUUCGCGUUCAUCCCUGGAUGUUGAUUCACGGCAUGGGAGACCCUCUCUGGAGACUCUAUUGGAGCCUUGCAUUAUCUGUCCCUCACAACAACUCUUAUCCUCCAUGUGUCCGUCAUCAGUGCUGGGAUUUCGGCAUUUCACGGCCCUCGCACGGGCCGAGGCCAUCACCAUGGCCCCAUCGACACUGUUAGAACCUGUGCAAGUGCAUCUGAAGAUGCCAAAGCCGAAAGUUUUGCAAAAAGAGGAGCAUCCUCUGCGAAAUCACAUGAUUUCAAAGUCUGCAUGGAGAGUCCUCAAGGGCUUGAGGAGUGCAGGUCAUGAGUGUUACCUUGUUGGCGGGAGCGUGAGGGACCUCUUCCUUCAGAAGGUUCCGAAAGAUUUUGAUGUGUUAUCAACAGCAAGUCUUAAAGAGUGGAAGAUUUAGAUACAAGUCGUGACCUGACUGGGACUGACCUCUUUCACAUAGUAUAAGAUAGGGAAGCAGAAGGCUAGAAUGCUGAUGACGAGCCCAAUCAAUGUCUCAAUGCAGA